CGGCACGAUAGAAAAAAUGUAAUAUCAAAUUUAUCAAAAUUUUAGUAAAAUUCAAAAAUAGACAUAGAAAGCUCAGUAAUAAAGGUAAAUGUUAAUUUACCCAAAAUGCAUUCCCUUCCUUGCUUCUACUAGCAAGGUACAGGGAAUAAGAUACAGCCAUUGCUGUCCUCCGCCUCCACGCUUGUGUGGACCAUGCGGAUCGGGCCAAGGGAGCGGGCGCAGGAUUCCAUCAAGCAGCUGCAGACCAGGCCCUAUCCCACCUAACCCAUGCGUGCCUCGCUACCACCACGGCAAGGACACUUGGAAGAAAUACAAAGCCUUAGCAUUAGGAGUGGGGCUUCCAAUCAUUUUGAUAAUGUCAUAUAAUUUUCUUGGCGGGGAGCCGCCGCAUAAAAAAGACUGCCGCGAUUUCGAGUACAUGCGUAUAAGAACAAAGAGAUUCCCUUGGAGAGACGGAGUUGAGAGCCUCUUCCAUAACCCACACGUGAACCACCUGCCUGGCGAAUGCGAGCCCCCUCCUCUCGAUUGCGAAUGAUAUUG